UAGGGCUUUGGCAUCCAGGAGAGAAUGCGGGGGAAAUCCAGAGCCUAGAGGGAGCAUUGGCCAGAUUUGCAAGCCAGAAUGACCAAGGUCGAUGUGAGCUCCCCCGGCAAUGGCGCCACCUCGCAAAAUCCGAGCUACGCAGUCGGCAACAGCAGCAAGAUCGUCAAGGAAGUGGCCGGGGCAGCGGCGGCGGGGAUCCCUGGGCUUCCUCUCGUCGUCGCGCUGAAUUGCCUCGAGGAUUGGCAGAUCCUCAAUGCCGAUGCUCUGGCCGGCAUUGCGACGCUGGAGCACCUCAACCUCGCGCAGAUUGCCGAGGGCAAGCUGGAGACUGCGGCGGCCGUGAUCAUCCAUUCCCUGGCCUAUCUCCCCCGCGCGGCGCAGCGGCGGCUCCAGCCCUGGCAGCUGAUUCUCUGCCUGGGAUCUAUUGACAAGCCGGCGGAUUCCACCGCGGCGGCCGAGAUGGGACUCAAGCUCGUUCAUGUGGAUUGUGGGAGGGGCGAGGAGAUUGCCGACACGGUCAUGGCGUUGCUCCUGGGAUUGCUGAGGCACACGCAUUCUCUCUCGGCUCAGGGAUUUGCAAGCGCUGGCUGGCUGGGAUCGAUCCAGCCGCUGUGCAAGGGGAUGAGGAGAUGCCGGGGGCUCGUCAUGGGGAUCGUUGGUCGGACGCCAUCCGCCUGUGCUCUUGCGGUUCGCUGCCUGGCGUUUAAGAUGAGAGUGAUAUACUAUGAGACCGAAGAGGUGAAAGAGCAGACUCGCAAGUCUUUUCCUGCGUUUGCUACCAAAGUGGAAAGUCUGAAUGAGCUUCUUUCUCAAAGUGAUGUGGUUUCGCUUCACUGCCCGCUCACCAACGACACCGUCCAGAUUAUAAACGCCGAAGCUUUGCAGUACAUCAAACCAGGGGCUAUUAUUGUGAAUUCAAGCAGCUGCCAUCUACUCGACGACUGCGCUGUGAAGCAAGCUCUCAUUGACGGCAUCAUUGCUGGCUGCGCUUUGGAUGGCGUCGAAGGUCCGCAAUGGCUGGAAGCGUGGGUCAGGGAGAUGUCAAACGUGUUAAUUCUUCCUCGGAGUGCCGAUUACAGUGACGAUGCGUGGAACGAAAUCCGGUUAAAGGCAUUUUCUCUGCUGAGGUCCUAUCUUGUCAAUGGAGUUAUUCCUGCGAGUUCUGUUUCAGAGGACGAAGAGGACUGGCAGGAAGAGAAGCAUGAGCGGUUCGAGAGAGAAAGUGCCAAAGAAGACGAUCAGUGGAUUGCAGACUCGCAGACCGGCCAGCAGUUUCACCGGAAGCAGCUUGUUUAUCCGCCACAGGAGAUCCGCGAGGCUCGCAGUAUGUACAACAAAUCGGGAAAGAAGUCGAAGAAGAGGGGCUCGAGACGGAAAUCUCACCAGGUGCCAGAAUCGUUCCCAGUUCCGGAGAGAGAUGCUAACUGGGUGGCAUUGCAAAGAGAUGAUCCCGGGGGCACAAGCGGGAGAGACCAAGCGGUGAAUUCAACUUCCCGUUUCACCUCGCCCGACGAUUCCAAGGCCCGACGCGAAGACGCGGACGUGAGCUCGGAGAAACCGGCUAGCGAGUCCGUGCAGGACCUUCAAGCGAUCGAUGUGCUGAAGGAAGGCUAUGUCGUUGCUGUCCGUCCAGUGACUGGGAAUGGUUACUACGUUGCUCGGCAGAAAGGUCCCGGACGAAGGUGGUGCCUGGACGUCAUGUCGGAUGUCACUCCCAGAGAUCCUGCUGCUCAGUUCCUCGUGGUGCUACGAAAUAGAGAUCGUCUUGGUUUGAGAUCACUGGCUGCUGGUGGAAAGCUUCUACAGUCCAACAAGAAAUCGGAGCUCGUGUUCCUCAACCACAAUUUCGAUAUGUGGGAGAGCUGGGUGCUCGAAGGGUCCCAGCUGAGCGACUGUACGCUCGUGAAUAGCAAAUUCAGAGGGGUGUCCAUGGACGUGUCAAUGGAGGUACUGGCAGCCGUGGGAGAGGACGAUGGCGUGGCGAGGUGGCUGAGCUGAGAGUUUGAUCCAAUGCUCGCAAGAAAUAAAGUCUAUCUGUGAAGGUAUACUUUUGAUUCUCCUUGACUCGGAGAGAGCUUCUAACGUGUAACUUUGAUUUGUUUGCGAUAGUGAAAUACAUUUAUAGUUCAUCCAGGAAGAAAUCCCGCAUCAAAGAAAAAAGGGACUCCAGCAGCACGCCGGUGAUCACUGUACAAGCUGUGAGAUUUUACGUAGACCGGGAGCUCGGCUAUGGUGGAACGAGAGCCCGCUCUCCAAGUAACUUGGAGCAGCUCUCUCACUGGAGCCUCCAACUCUCAGGAGCUAAAACGCGAAGAAACUCCGGGCGAGAGCUCAAAAGGAAGGAACAACGCCAAAGGAGGCAUCGUAAGAGUCCAUCUCGCCUCGCUUGGCAAACCUUCCUUUGAUCCUGGGCCGGGUCUCAGCGUAAGCUUUGCGAGAAGCGUACCUUAUCGUCUUCUCAAACUUCCUGUUCUUGCGCUUUUCCCUGUAGCGCAGCACCCUGGCCUCCCGCGCGAUCGGCUCGAGGGGAGUGGCAUGGUGGAGCGGCGCCGCCGCCGCCUGCGCCUCGCCGCUGCCAAACACUGACGAAGAAGUCGGCCGGCUCUGGGGAGUUGAGAUGUCGCUCAAGCUUGCGUCCGGGACGACUCCAACAUCGAUCGAGGAUGCCUGGCGGAGGAAAGAGCGAAGAUUAUAAACGUGAAAAACGUGAAAAGAGAGAGCUUGUGAAGAACU